ACUUUAACCACCAUGUCCAUCCUCAAUCCACGGACAACAACCUACGAAUUUCUCGGUCCUCCAGGCGCUUUCCUCGUCACCGUCGGUGUCCCCAUCGCCACCUACGCACUCUACUUUGCUUGCUCAGAGUCAUCAGGCGGAUGUCCUCCUGCCCUUGCAACCAUCCCCGUACACGUCUCAGAUCCCAACUGGUGGAAAUCUCUCUGGGAUACUGAUGCAACUCUAAUUUACUUUGCUUGGUACUUCUUUUGCGUUCUUGCAUGGGCAGUCUUGCCUGGAGAUCGCGUAUCUGGCACCACUCUCAGAACAGGCGAAACGAAACAGUACAAGAUAAAUGCAUUCUCCACUUACCUUCUUACCCUCGGCAUCACCUCCGGUGUUAUCUAUCGCUACGGACCAGAAUCUGUCACCUUCAUAUACAACAAAUGGGUCGGCUUCGUCACUGCGUCUCUUCUCAUGUCCAUACUCCAGGCUUCUGCAUGCUACUUUGCCUCAUUCAGAUCAGGCAAGCUACUGGCUUUGGGAGGAAAUACCGGAAAUCAUCUUUAUGACUGGUUCAUUGGCCGCGAGCUUAACCCAUCUAUUGGCUCCUUUGACGUCAAAUCAUUCAAUGAGCUCAGGCCCGGUCUCAUCCUUUGGGUCAUCAUCAACAUCAGCUUAGCUUGCGAGCAAGCCACUCGUCGUGGAGGACUCGACAAGAUUACGGACUCCAUGUGGCUCGUUCUCGCCUUCCAAACAUGGUACGUUACCGAUGGCUUGUACAAUGAGCCUGCGCUUUUCACAACAAUGGACAUCACAAGCGAUGGCUUUGGCUUUAUGCUUGCUGUCGGUGACCUGCUCUGGGUUCCUUUCACUUACACCCUCCAAGCUCGGUAUCUUGCCUUCCACCCAGUUGAGCUUGGCCCCGUCAAGACGGCUGCUAUCCUUAUCUUGAACUGUAUUGGUUAUUACAUCUUUCGGGAUUCUAAUGGAGAGAAAAACGAUUUCCGUAACGGGAAGAACCCCAAAGGUUUGAAAUAUAUGACAACAGCUAAAGGUUCAAAGUUACUCACUUCUGGGUGGUGGGGACUUUCUCAACAUCCCAAUUAUAUGGGCGACCUCCUGAUGGCGCUUGCGUGGUGCCUGCCUACUGGCUUUGACACGCCCAUCACCUACUUUUACCCUGUGUACUUUGCUGUCCUCCUCAUUCACAGGCAGCGUCGCGAUGAUGAAGCUUGCCAUAAAAAACAUGGAGAUGAUUGGGUGAAGUAUAAGAAGUUGGUUCCAUAUAGGAUCAUCCCAUAUGUCUAUUAAUCACGCUCCAUCGCCUACUAAUCACGCUCCAUCGCCUACUAAUUCAUGCUAUUUUCAUUGGUA